AUGGAUCCCUUCUCCGGCGAAGGUGAACUCCUCAAUAUAUCCACCGCAUUUUACACGCACGCCUACCACACCGUUCUCGCAUUUGACACCUCUUCCCUCUCGUCAGAAAACAAGACCGCCGCACAGAUUCUAAAAUAUCGCGCACAAAUAGCCGUCGGCGAUGCCUCCUCCGUCGUUUCCUCCCUCAAACAAUCGCAAGACGCCGCCUCCCGCUCAAUAGUUGCUUUGGCACAACAAGCAGCCGGCAACUACUCCGCAGCACUCGAAACUGCAUUGACUCUGGCCGAAUCGGAUGGCGAAGAUGCCGUUGUGCAAAUAUGUUGCGGGACAGUCCUCGCGGCAGCAGGCGAAUAUGUGAAAGCCGUCGACCUCUUGUCCAAACACCAAGGCUCCCUGGAAGCCGUCACAAUACUUGUCCAGAUCCACCUAAUGCAAAACCGCACAGAUAUGGCGAUCAAGGAAGUCGCCGCUGCGAAACGCUGGGCUCAAGAUUCGUUACUCAUCAACCUAGCCGAAGCUUGGACAAAUCUAAGGGAAGGCGGGCAGGAGAAGUACCAAUCUGCUUAUUACGUGUACGAGGAACUUGCAUCCACGCCAGGGAAUACCAGCCCUACGGCAUUGGUGGGUCAGGCUGUUUCCGAGAUACAUUUGGGGAGAUUGGAAGAGGCCGAGGCGGCAUUGCAGCAAGCGGUGGGAAUGGCAAAUUCAGAUGUACAAGCCAUUGCCAAUAGCGGUGUGUUGGCGAGCAUUGUCGGGAAGAAGAGCGAUGAAGUCCAAGGCCUACUCCAGCAGCUACGGGAGAGGGAUGCACAGCAUACCCUACUGAGAGAUUUGGAAGAAAAGAGCCAGCUCUUCGAUAAUGCAGCGGCGAAGUACAAUGCGAAAGUUGCAGCAUGA